AUGGCCGACGCUAGCGCACCUUCAUAUGUGAUUCCUGAGAAGAGAGGAGCAUCGGGUCAGGAGCAGCAGUUCAUGGAAGACAAGAAAAGGAAAAAAGACGACAAAAGGAAAAGGGAAGCCUCUCAGAAGGUUACAGAACAAAAAAACAAAGUGCCAGACUUGACAAAGCCAGCUACUGCCCAAUCUCCUGCCUCUCAGAGCAGCUCUGCCUCCCCCAGCCCUGGGCCUCAUCCCUCUGCUUCUUCAUCUCCAGCGACCCUAGGCCCUGGCAGUGCUGCCACCCCAUCACAGGGCGGCAACAAUGCCAAGCGCCUGGCGGUGGCCAACGGACAGCCCUCCACCUCAAGUUCUUCCUCCACCUCCGGAACCACUGGGGCUGCCGGAAACGGCAGUGCAGGUAGCGGAGGCGGAAGCCAGGCUACUCAGCAGCCUCAGCGCUACAUGCCGAGAGAAGUGCCGCCCCGAUUCCGCUGCCAGCAGGACCAUAAAGUGCUACUGAAGAGGGGCCAGCCACCGCUGUCCUCCAUGCUGCUGGGAGGUGGGGGAGGAGGAGAUAAUGCAAAUUCAAACAUGGCUGCUGCUUCAGCAGAUUCUGGUAUGGCUGCUUCCUCAAUGGCCCUCACCUCAUCAUCAGUUGCUGCUUCUACAACAAGUUCUAAUUAUGCAAAUUCCAUGUGGGGGGCAAGCUCAGGCAGUCAGGCCUCCUCUCAGGGCAGGGAGAAGGUCAUUGUCGAUGGCAACGAUGAAGAGGAGUGGCCUAGUAUUGGUGGCGGCGACGGAGGAAACAGCGGCAUCGGUGGAAUGCCCCUGAACAGCACCAGUGCCUCUGGCAGCCGCUCCUCUCCCACCUCCUCAUUCUCUUUGCCCAAUGAAUGUAUGCCCUCGUCCAGUGGCGUGGCGUGGGGGACGACUGGAGGAGGUUCUGUAGCUGCAGCUGGGCCUCUGCUACAGCAGCCAUCCUCACUUUCCAAAGCCCCCGCUGUGCUGGGGAGCCACGAUGCCAGUGGCCCCGUUGAUGGCAACAGUGGGGUUCCAGGUGCCAACUUCAGUCCAAAUGCCAACCCUUCGGCCUGGCCUGCCUUGGUGCAGCAGGAUGGCCCCUCUGCUGCUGGGGAAGGAGGUCCCACUUCCUUCCAUCAUCAGGGCUCCGGAGGGUCUGCCAACAACUCCGCCUCCUUGGGGCUGGGAGGGGGAGCAGUUGGGGUGCUCGGGGCUCAUCCGUCUAUAUCUGUGAAUCAGUCAAGCGCCCAUCAGCACCAACUUCACCAAAUGCAAUCCAGAGACAGAGAGGCGGGAGGAUCAAAGUGGGACAAUGAAGCAGCGGGACCAAAAAGUGCAGGGGGGGAAAGUAUUGGAGGAGCGGACCACGGCUUGGGAGGGGGCAGAGCUAGUGUGGAUGACGACAGCCUUGCCUCUUCCUGGAGAGGCCAGCCUUCUUGCCCUGCAGCCAACUCCAAAAUGGGUGCCUCGAGAACUGAUGGAUGGGAGGGUGGGCAAGGGGACAAGGAGACCUCAGGUUGGGGAUACCCCAGCCCUACAAGUGCAGUCAAUGCUUGGGGCAGUGCUGGAAAUGGGGGCAAUGGUAGUCAAACCUCCGGGGUAUCUCAGGGAGGGUGGGGGUUAGCUGGUGUAGAAGGGGAGAGGGGGGUUUCUGGUAGCGAUUGGGGUGGGAACUCUGCUAGCGUUGGUGUAGCUAAUGCAGGACACGAGGAAGGGGGGGUCUGCAGUAGUAAAAGCAGCAGUAGUGGAGGAAGCACGGGGGGCAACCCCCCAGCAGCUUGCUCCUCCUCUUCAACAACUACCACUAAAACCACAGCCUGGGACAAUCAGAAAGGAGAGGGAGAAACAGGGGAGUGGGGGGACGGGGCGGGGGGACAGCGGACGCGAGGAGGGUCUUCCUCCAGCGGUGGUAAUUCCAGAAGUGGAAGUGGUCCCAACAGCAGUCGUCCUCGCCGACAAGCACUUGAUGCUGAAGCUGCCUUACAGAACCUGCUCAGCCGGUCGGACCUGGACCCUCGCAUCCUGUCCAACUCGGGGUGGGGCCAGACGCAGAUCCGACAAAACACCGCCUGGGAAGUUGAGGACUUAGCUGGCUCCAACAGGGGCGGGACUCCUUCAGCAUCAUUGAAACAUCCAUCCUCUGGUGGUGGUCCUCAAUAUUCAAGUGGACCUCGGACCCCCAGCACUGAUUCUAUGGGGCCUGGGGGCAGUACCUCCAUGGUUCCCUCUACUGGGUCUACUGGAGACGGAUGGGAGAGCAGCAGCAACAGUAGCAGCAGUGGAGCCUCCUUGUCUGGGAGACCCCAACAACCUUUAAGCAUUAGAAAUCUUGGCGGCACACAAUCUGGGCCAGCGACCACCGCCGCGCCGGGUAUGGGGUCGGGGAUGGUGGCCCGGCCGAGCCAGCAGGCGAAGCAGAUGGAGUGGGUGGGAGGCAAUGGCGAUGGGGGCAAGGGCUGGGGAGACGAGGAAUGGAGAAGCAGAAGAGAAAAAGGAGGCGGGUGGGGCGAAAUUGGACAACAGUGCGACUCUGCGAGUGGAGGUUGGGGAGGUGGCCAGCAGGAGAGGGGAACUGGGGGGUGGAAGGAAGCUGUAGAGAAUGGAGAAAGAGGUGGGUGGGGGUCGGAUCCAAAAGUUGGAUCAGGUAAAGACUGGAUGGAGCAGGAGUCCAAAUCAAAUAGUGGCGGAGGUGGGUGGGUGGACGAGAGGAGGAAUGGAGGACACUCAGGUGGGGACUCGGGUGCGAGCGGGUGGGGUAGCUGGGAUGACAAUGCUCCUCGUAGAAACUGGGGCACGGGGGGCGGUGGGGUCGAUUCGGUUGGAGGCAUGGGGUCCAAACCUCACGCGGGUUUAGGUGGAGUGAACAAAAUCCACCAGAUGCCAAACAGCCAGUCGGGCUCCGCCUCCGGCCUACAGGCACAACUGCAACAGCAACAAUCACAGCCCCGCAAUCAGCAACCGAUGGACCAAGGGGGCGGCGGGAGAAAACCCUUCUCCCAAGUUACGACACACAACCAAAGCUCGGGCUGGCCCUCGGAACCAAUCCCCGGUGGAUCCGAGCCAAGCGGCUGGGAGGAACCUUCCCCUCAGUCCAUCAGCAGGAAGAACGACAUCGAUGACGGCACAUCGGCGUGGGGAGACCCCACCCACUACAAUUACAAGCCGGUCAACCUGUGGGACAAAAACAGUGCUUCUGGUGUCCAGCAACCACAUGUUCAGGCUCCGCCUCCGCAGCAACCAGGACCUGCUGUGCAGCAGCAGCAGCCCGCCAGGCCGCCAGCAGCGGCGAUGGGAGAUGCACCGGGCUGGGGGCCUUCCCCUGCCAGUCCUACAGUAGACAAUGGCACAGCAGCUUGGGGAAAACCGACAGACGCCCCAUCCGGCUGGGGCGACCCCGAUGAAGCCGGAGUGAAGACCCAGUGCUGGGGGAACCCUCCCUCAAACCCCGUCAGAUCCGGUUCAAAGUCUAUGCAAGAUGGCUGGGGGGACAAAGAGAGCUCGAUGGACGCCUCGCGCCACGCCAGCUGGGAGGACGAGGAGGAUGCGGGUGGCAUGUGGAACAGCACAGGCUCCCAGGGAAGCGGCUCCUCCUGGGGACAGGGCAGCAAUGGAGGCUGGGGACAGAGCCAACAGGGGAAGAAGCCCAGCAACAAGUGUCUUUGGUCUCCUGACGUCGUCUCUCAGGGCCCCGUGAAAAGCGCCGGAGGAGAUUCCUGGAUGAGUCACAUCAACAGACAGUUCUCUAACAUGGGGCUGCUGAGCGACGAUCCCAGCAGCCCCAACAUGGACCUGGCUCCAGGUUCUCUUCAGGAGAAGAAGAUGGAAAUGGAGAAAAGGGGAGGAAUGAAUGAUUACAACGGAGACCUGAGGAAAGGAGGGAGAGGCGGUGGAGGGGGCGGGAUGUACCGUCCUCCCGGGUCUAAGGAGGCUUCACCUGGGGACGCUGGGCCGUACUACGACAAGACCUUGCAUUUGCUCAGUCAGGAUGGGUGCCCUGGGGAGGAGGGUCCCUGCUCUCUGUACUCGCCCCCCACUGUCUUCAAGCCCCAUUCCCUCUUCAACCACUCUAUUCCUUUUAGACAAGGUGCUCCCAGUAUCUUCGGCAGUUCAGGAGGGAUGGCCCAGUCCAGACAUCAGCCGACUAUACCAUCGAGCAAUCAUUCUCCAGGGAUUCGAGCACAAGUGCCUCAUCAGUUCCUGUCUCCUCAGGUGCCAGGCUCCGUGCUGAAGCAGAUGCCCCCUCCCAGCGGGAGCAUGGGCGGUGUCGGUGGCAUGGGAGGAGUGACGGGAGUGGGAGGAGGAGUGUUCCCCCCACAGCUGUCUCCUCAGCACAUCGCCAUGCUCAGCAGUAUCUACCCACCUCACAUCCAGCUUCAGCUGGCUUGUCAGCUCCUUCUCCAGCAGCAGCAGCAGCAGCAGCAGCAGCAGCCGCCGCCGCAGCAGCUGCUGCAGAACCAGAGGAAGUUCCCCCCAAACGUCCGCCAGCAGACCGACCCUCAGUUGGCGAGGAUCAUGACGGUCCUGCAGCAGCAGAGGCAGCAGCAGCAGGUGGGGGGGCUGAGCGGCUCCAAACUCUCCCCUUCACACCAUGGUCUGGGACCCAAGCUUGAUCCCCUGCCACAUCCGGGCCUGGGCAGCUCGGUGCCGGAUCUGCAACAAAAGAAUCUCGGACCCUACUCCGGGUUUGGUCCAGGGGUGAACCUGCCAGGUUUGGACCUGGGGGGCUCGAUGGGCGGUCAGCAGUCCCGUUUUAAAUGGAUGAUGGAAGGAAACUGCUCCCCCGACUCUUCAUCACCUGAAAACGCCUAUCAUAAAAAUGGUCCCAUGGCCCCCCACCACAUGAAGAUGCAGGCGAGCUCGCCGUACUCCCAGUACGACGGGCUGGUUGACGGGCUGAGUGACAGCUGGCAUCGCACCCCCGGCAACAAGAUGGCUUCCAAGCCGAGCAGCACGCCGAGCUGGCCGCCCGAGUUCCAGCCUGGUGUGCCAUGGAAAGGAAUUGACCGCGUCGACCCUGAAUCCGACCCCUACAUGACCCCAGGGAGCAUGAUGGGAAACGCAGCUUCUCCAGGACUCAACGAUUCGGAGCACCAGUUAUUGGAAAACUCCGAUUCCACUCCUCCACUGAACACCUUGCUGCCUUCACCUGGUGCCUGGCCCUACAGUGCCUCAGACAGCCCCCUCAACCAUGCACACAACCCAGCAAAGUACACAGAUUAUAAGACGAGCUGGCCCCCGGAGCCAAUCGGACACAAGUCUUGGAAAGCCAGCCGCAGCAGCAGCAGCCAGUCCCAGAUGUCCCGCCCACCUCCAGGCCUGGUGGGUCAGAAGCAGCCGUCGUCCUCCCCGUGGUCGGGAGGAGCCCCCCGCUUAGCCGGCCGAGGCUGGGGAAGUGGAGCCGUCACCGCCGCCUCCACCUGGAGUGACGGCAGCGUUCGGGACAGCUGCUGGUUGGUGCUCAGCAACCUCACGCCGCAGAUCGAUGGCUCCACUCUGAGAACCAUCUGCAUGCAGCACGGGCCCCUGCUGACCUUUCACCUGGGCCUGACCCAGGGAACCGCUCUGAUCCGCUACGGCUCCAAGCAGGAGGCCUCGAAGGCCAGGAGCGCCCUUCACAUGUGCGUUCUGGGUAACACCACCAUCCUGGCGGAGUUCGUCAGCGAGGAGGACGUGGCUCGCUACAUUGCACAUUCCCAGGCGGGAGGAGGGGGGAGCGGAGGAACCGCAGGCAGCUCGGCGGGCCCCGGGUCCACCGCUGCCUCCGCUGCGGGGGCCAGCAGUAACGGAGGGGGCUGCGAGAGGGGCGGGGCAGUAGGUAGCAGCAUGGGAGGAGUGGAGGGGGCCUCCUCCACUGCAGGCGGGGCGUCUUCCAGCUCCGGAUGGCAAAGUCUUGAAAGCACAGGCAGCUCUUUGGACCCGCCGGCCGGCCAGGGGCCCGGGCUGGGGAUCUUCAGCCAGUGGAGCACCAACGGCGCCGGCGGGGCGGGGGCGGUGGAGCCCGGUCGGCAGGGACUGUGGGGCGGCAUGGGCGCAACGGCGUACCCCACCAGCAACCUCUGGGCCUCUCCAGCACUCGAGGACCGCCACCAGAUGGGGAGCCCCGCCUCCCUGCUGCCAGGGGACCUGCUGGGCGGGGGGGCCGACUCCAUCUGACUGACACGGCACCCCCAACCCCCCCAAAUCAUCCGUUUACACCCAAGGAAAAGUACACUGGGCGUCCAACACCGACCCCCACACACCGGCCACAUGCGCUCUCCGGGUCACGUGCACGCUCACCGCUCCACUUUAAAUGAAGACGACAGGGAAACUUGAAUGGGACUGGGGGGGGGGGGGUCCAUUAACCUUUUAGGACUGGACUGAGAGCCGUCGGUCUUUUUACCCAGCAUCCCUCAGGCGUGCACUGACAUGUUUUUAAUGUGCCACUGCUUUCUUUUCUAGAACUUGUCACGUUCUUGCAGACUGAGCCCUCUCAAGCACGCCGCCGGCUUUCUGCAUUCCACUGUUCAGAAGGUCGGAGCAGAGCGGGAGCCUGCAGGUUUGGGCCACACUACUGACGCCUGACGGCGGCGUGUUUUCCUAGGUACCGACGCAUCGCCACGGGAACCGGGGUGUACAGAGAUCAAACGUCACACGCCAAACUUGCACUAAAAUCCGACCUCCAUCGAGCAGAGAAACGGCGAGAUAAAUCUUACAAGAGCUGUGGCCGUAGCCCCCCCACCCCCACCAUCACUCACUCGCUGCUCUUAUUCUGAAACUGUAACUUCCUGUUGGCGUUCAGAUGUUCUGUUUUAAGAGAAAAAACAUGAAGCAACUCCUCCCAUGAACACUUCUUCCUUUCAAUCCCGUUGGUUAUACAUCCUUGUGGAAACUCGCUUAUCGGUUUGUCGCCAUCCUGCCCCGCCCCCCCCCUUCCCCCACCUGCCUGAGUGAGCACAAAAGAGGCGGAGCCCACCUUCGGCCCAGAGGAGGACGACGAGACGAGCAGAUCUGGACCGUUCUUAUACCGUUGAAUGUUUCUUUUUCCAUUUGUGUCCAGAAGAGAUUGGCGGCGGAAGCUGGCGUGUGUGUCUGCAUCCAUGUGUGCGUCUGCAUGCAUGUGCAUACGUUUGUGUCUCCAUACGUGUGCGCGUCUGCAUACGUGUGUGUGUGUGUGUGUGUGCGCGCGUGUGUGUGUGCCUGCUCGUGAGCUCUUGGGCCUCAGUCAGGGAGGUGAACGCAUCUGAAAGGGAGCGCCUGGAUGUGAGAAAAACGAAUUCAGAAACGUCGGCACUAUUUUGUUAUUUUUAAGCUUUUCUGCCUGUUUGUUUGUUUGUUUUCCUGUCCAAUGCAAUAAAAAGUGACGUUUUGUUUUUAAGACAAAGCAAACCAACUGAAGGCAUUUGUGUGAAAAAGAAGCCGAUGCCGCGUCCUACCAUACCAAGCUGAGCUGGAACAGUGUUUUACAGACACGUUAAAGACAUUACCUGUAAUGUUUGACUGUGUUUUUGGUUGUUUUUUCCUUUUGUUAUGUAUCCAUUUAAAUUAAGUCGGUCUUUAUUAUCACUCCUGUUCAGGACGUUUUCAUUUAUUUCAGAUGUUACAGAAAUAAGAGGAAGUUAAUUUAAAGCUGAAAAGAACAAGAUAAUAAAGGUUGAAUUGAAGACUU